AUGAUCGUCCCAACAACGAACGGGCACGCACACGAGAGGCGCGUUCCCUCCACGGAUAACCGACCUGGCGACCGCGAACGAAGAGAUAACACGCUGCCAAUAGCCCGUGCGGCUAAUUGUCGGCGCGUUGGGGGCACUGUUACGGCCUGGCCCAAGCCAUUUGCGGGUCAACCCGACCCACUGAGGACCCGACCCGAACGUUGUGCACAACGAGCUAGCAAGGUGGAAGAUUCAGCAUCUCCAAGAGCAAAAAGCAAAGAGAACAAUGCAAAUAUUCUCUGGUGCCCAUCUGGAAAGCGUAAUAAAUUGAUCAGCAUCAAUGAAGAAAACCUGUACUUAUGGAGUCUAGUUGUUUCCAAAAAAACUGCACAAGUAUAUGAAAUACAAUCUGGCAUGUCCCAUAAGAUAUCUGGUGGAACAUGAGAUCCACAUGAUGUGAAUUCUGUUGCUGCAACUUAUGAAUCAUCUCUCCAAUUCUGGGAUGUUAGAGCAAUGGGGGAGACUAUUUCAGUUGUAUGCUCCCGUGUGCGCAGUGUUGAUUAUCACCCUAAAAGGAAGCACGUACUUGUUACUUCAAAACAUGAGUCUGGGAUACAUAUCUGGGAUCUAAGAAAACCAAAAGUUCCCAUCCAAGAGUUUCUGGGACAUACGCAUUGUACAUGGAUUGUCAAAUGUAACCCUGAGAAUGACAGAAUGAUCUUGAUAUUACACAGUACUGGUACAGAUUCAACAGUGAAUCUAUGGCUUGCCUCUCUAGGCAACGAUGAUGUAUCAACUGAGAGCUGAGUCACUUGUUGGGUUGAUCCUUUACUCAAUCCUUAUUGUGAUUAUGAAGAUAACAUUUGUGGCCUCACCUGGAGUUCUCGUGAACCAUGGAUCUUUGCAUCAUUAUCCUAUGUUGGCAGGAUAAGACACGAGAAAAGCUUUUGGCUAAUCUUAAGUCUUAAAUUGAUAAGUUCUUCUAAUGAAAAUCAGAAAAUGUUAAAGAAAAAACUCUUCAAUUAUUCUCUGCACCAACUUGAUUUUUUCUUAUACUAUGCAUUAUGUGGAUGGCCUUAG